AUGGAUGAGAUUCUCGCUAAAGCCAGCUCGCAGGCAGUGACGUUUGCAAUCCGCUCGGGCAUCUCGUUGGCGUCCGGGUUUGCCAUCAAGAAGGUGUCCCAGUUGCUAGAUAAGAUCCCGCCUUCAGAAAAGGCUCGCUUGGAGAAGACCAGUGCCCGGCUCAACACGAAAACAGCCAUUUUGGCCACUUCCAUUGACCUCAUCAAACUCAGCGCUGCGCGGGGAAACUCGGCCUUGGAGGCCACGGUGGACAUGGUGUCGGACUUGAAGGACGAAAUCGACACUUUCGACGCGGAAAUCGCCGCUAUUUUGCAGGGCUUCAGCUCGGCCAACGAGAAGGAGUCGGUGCGGGCCGCGGAGCGCAAGAUCUCGGCGCUCUUGGACUCGGUCAACGACGCCAUUCCGCUCAUCAACCUCGCCCUCAUUACUAGCGGGGUUUCCUUGAACAAUGCCAUGGACCCGCGGGUGUCGCCCAGCCGGCUCCUCCAGGCGGCCAGCCACGUGACCGGAUCCAACGCCGAAUACGCCCGGCGUUCUGAAGGCCCCGUGAGCGUGGGCCCUGUAUUUGAUCUCAAGUUGUACUCUGUUUUCUACAACCCGAGUCGACUCAAGUACGUGGACGAGACAAGCGCGGCAAGCACCGAAGGAGGAGCUUCUGCCGUCUCCUGGAAAGAGGAGUUUGCGCGUGCGCUGUGCCUAAUCGAGCGGGUGCCAGGCAAGCUAUACGAGUACGAUCUUGUGGUCACAGAGGAUUUUGACGACGGUCGGUAUCACGACGACAACGAGGCCCCGGUCACCAGGCGGUACAAGGUCCGCGACAUCAGCAAGCAGUUUUUUAGUGCCAGCGGCAAAUUGCUCCGGCUCGAGGGCUCCAACUCGCCAGUGCUUACGUUGAAAAUACAGACUGCAGGGGCCCCAGAAUACGUUGCCUUGGGUGAAGUGGGCACGAGUUUUGACGACGCGGACAGUGAUAACGACGACGCGGACGGAGACCCCGACACGGCGCUCAUCAAUGCCAAGGAACUACAAACGAACGAGAAGUUCAGGAGCCUCUCUCUUUUGGAGUACUUGGUGCGACUCGUGUCGCUCCAGGAGAGUGAACAAAUGUCGAUCUUGGAGGUUAAGGACGAAAAGCUUCUGCUUUAUCUCCACGACCGCACCGACAAGUCCUUUGUACCGCUCAGCCACGAGGAGAAGCGGAGACUACAGACGAAGAGCGAAUCCCAUGGCCACAUGCUCCAGGUGGACUCGAGUGUCCACCGGCUUAAGAAUUUGUCGUUACAAGAAGACGCUGUUUGA